ACAAUAUUAUAUCGGGACAUAAAUAAGACUAUAUUGGCAUUCGAUCCGAUUAAAUUCCAUUUCUGAUAGUGAUUCUUUAUGUCACGUCUGUCUUUGAUUUUAAAAAUGUUCUUUAUAUAAUGUGUUUUGAACAUGUUUUGUGAAGUAAGUGUUGAACAGGGGGUUCUUAGAGGGAUAAUAUUAGAAGCAUUUGAUGGUAGAAAAUAUUACAGCUUUGAAGGCAUUCCAUAUGCUAAACCACCCAUAGGAGAACUUAGAUUUAGGAAUCCUCAGCCACCAGACACCUGGACUAAUGUUCGAGACUGUACUAAGCCUGGAAAUAAAUGCGCACAAAUUAAUCCCCUGUCAGGCAAAGGUUUUGAAGGAUCAGAAGAUUGUCUCUACCUCAAUAUUUACACACCAUGUUUGCCAGUGGAAAAACUUGAAAAGCUGCCAGUUAUAUUUUUCAUACACGGUGGUAGAUUGCUUGUUGGCUAUGGGGAUUAUUACCGACCUGAUUAUUUCUUGCGUCAUGAUGUUAUACUUGUAACAGUUAAUUACAGAUUGAAUGUAUUGGGUUAUUUAUGUUUAGCUAUUCCAGAAGCACCAGGAAAUGUGGGCAUGAAAGAUUGUGCUGUUGCAUUGAGAUGGGUCAAAAGAAAUAUUGAGAAGUUCAAUGGGGACUCCAAUAACAUAACAGUUUUUGGAGAAAGUGCUGGAGCUGCUAUUGCCACGACAUUUUUGACAUCUGAGAUGACAGUUGGAUUAUUUCAUAAACUCAUAGCACAAUCUGGCAAUCAUAUAGCGGAUAUAUUCCCACAAGAAUAUGACCAUAUAAGUGUUGCCCGGCACAUUGCAUCCAUUAUAGGUAAAGACUUAGAAGAUGUAAGUAGUAUUUAUGAAUUUUUAAGAAACACUCCUGUUGAGAAAUUGGUUACCGCAUAUAUUUGUAUGGAAAUGGAAAGACCCAAUUACAGUUUAAGCCCUGUUUGCAUGUAUGUGAUUGAAAAAGAGUUUGAUGGAGUGGAACAAUUCCUAAACAAAAAUGCUCAAGAUAGUAUGCGUAACAACGAUUUUCAAAAAGUCCCAACAUUAGUGGGGUCCAACAUUUACGAAGCUGCUAUGUUUGUCCGUCAAGAUGAAAAUGGCAUUUUAUAUGAGAAGGAUUUGAAAUUUGUUGUACCUCGUUGUUUACAUCUAAACGAAUCAAGCCGUGAGUUCAGAAUGAUAGUUGAAGCUAUCAAAAACUUCUAUUUCAAAGAUAAAGAAAUAGGUGAUUCAACCAAAGAACAAUAUGUUUUAAUGAUAUCUGAUGCAUUAUUUCAAAGAGAUAUAAUAUAUUUUACAGAACUUGUUGCUAAAUAUAACAAAGAAGUGUUUAUGUAUAGUUUUCAUUAUAUUGGAAAUUUGAAUAAUAAUGUUACGAGGGAUUUGAAAAUAAAAGGCACCACUCAUGGAGAUCUUAUACAAUACCAGUUUUAUAGAAAGAGCAAGUCUGAGAAAUGUACACAGAAAGAUUGGAAAAUUAUUAAUUUCCUAAGUGAAACAUGGUGUAACUUUGCUAGAUAUGGAAAACCAAUGUGUAAUAAUCAAACAGUGAAAUGGCUGCCUUAUUCACAAAAAAAGCGACUAACAUUUGUGGUAGAUGAAGUCAAUAGACUUGUGGAAAACGAAGACUAUGCAAGAUACAAGUUUUGGAACAACUUAUGUGAACUGAAGGCACAUCUAUGAAACAAUACUUAUUUAUAUUGGAUCAUGCAAUUUAAAUAUUGUUGAGGUUUUGGUAAUGUUCUUUAUUUAAAAAAUGACGCUCGAAGGAUCAUAAUUAUAAUUAUAGAAAUAAGAUCAGAUUUUAGAGAGAAGGAAUGUUAUUAUAGACUUAGUCUAUAACAAAUGUACUUAGUCACAGCUUUAUCAAGUUUGGACGAUCAGAGGUCUUUUUAAAAAUAUAUAUUUAUUAAAU